ACGCGUCAUAGCUGCUUUUGGAGUGGGGAAGUAAAGCAAAUGGAUGAUAACCAACUUGGUCCCGUAGUUUCAGUGUUUAACUCCCAGAAACCGCACUUCACAUAUCACUAACUUACUAAGCUUCAAAAUGUGGAUCACCCUCCUGGUGUACAUCGCAACCUUCGCGAUCGCGCUCGUUGCGUACUUCAAAUGGUCAUUUGGUUAUUGGAGGAAACUGGGCGUUCCUUAUCUGGAGUGCAGCAUACCUUUCGGUACAUUGAGUAACCCGUUCGCCUUAGUGGAAUCGAUCGCCGACGGAGUAGCUCGCCAGUACAAAGAGAGCAAGGCUUUGGGGUACAAGUAUGUCGGACUAUUCGGGAUGAUAACCCCGCAACUGAUGCUACUAGAUCCCGAGCUAGUAAAAGCGGUAUUAAUCAGAGACUUCCAACACUUCACCGACCGCGGCUUCUACAGCAACGAAAAGGAGGACCCGCUGAGCGCGCAUUUGUUUACGCUGACCGGUCAGAAGUGGAGGAGGCUAAGGGCGAAACUGACCCCAACUUUUACGUCCGCCAAAAUGAAGACCAUGAACGAACUCGUGGUGGCGUGUGCGCACCAGCUCAGAGAUGCGAUUGCGGAGAGGUGCGCGCAAGGACCAAUCGACAUCAAGGACAUCCUCGAGCGCUACACCACCAACAUCAUCGGAAGUUGCGCGUUUGGCAUCGAGUGUAACAGUUUCACGGACCCCAACAGCGAAUUCUGCAUGUGGACCAGUCAGCAGUUCCACCCUGCGACCUUUCAAAGCAUUAAGAUGUUCAUCUCCUUUGUGUUUCCCGGGUUCUCCCACUCAAUCGGACUGAAGGUUACCCCCGAAGGUGUCUCAAAGUUCUUCAUGAAAACUGUGAGGGAGUCGAUAGAGCUGAGACGGAGAACUGGACAGGUUCGUAACGACUUUCUUCAAAUUCUCAUCGGAUUGAUGGAGGGGGAGGACGCGAUGACGUUUGAGGAAGUUGUCGCCCAAGCCUUUCUCUUUUUCCUCGCCGGUUUUGAAACGUCUUCCAGUACCAUGAGCUUCUGCCUGUACGAACUGUCUUUAAACUCUGACAUCCAGCAGAAGGUACGCGAUGAAGCCAACGCGGUUCUUAAGAAAUACAAUGGCGAGAUCGCCUACGACAGCCUGAAGGAGUUGGAGUACAUGAGCUGCGUCAUCAAUGAGGUUUUGAGGAAGUACCCACCGGUACCAACUUUGAACCGUAGGUGCGUGUCGGAGUACGCCCUACCAGACACCAACAUUCCAAUUAGGAAAGGCUUGGACAUUGUGAUUCCAUUAAUUGGGAUGCAAAGGGACCCCGAUUACUUUCCCGACCCGGAAAAGUUCGAUCCCGAGAGGUUUAACAAGGCUAACAUCGCGAAGGUGCCCCCAUUUUGUUAUAUGCCAUUUGGAGAAGGGAAUCGUAUAUGUCUAGGACUCCGAUUCGGUUUGAUGCAGACCAAGAUAGGUCUAAUGCUCAUGCUGAAGAAUUUCAAAUUCACGUUGAGCGACCGAACCGAAAAUCCAAUUCGGUUCAAUCCCAAUUGCUUUGUUCUGUCUGUGAAAGGAGGGAUUUGGUUGAAAGCUGAAAGGAUUGCUGUUUAGUUACUUCUAGAUUACUUAGUAGACUUACUUAACAUGCGCAAGCGCAAAUAAAUUAUGUGUUUAAUCGUC